UGAAUGCUGACUUCAGUAAUACAGACAACAGAAGCAAAUUCUGUCUGCAGGCAUAAAUGGACACCAGCACAAAGACAGAAGAGGUGUCAGUCACAGUAGCUGUCGGACUCAAACAGACAACAGACGAGGAAUCCAGGAACGUAUUCACAGUCGUAAAUGAACACUCUAAGGUGUUUAUUCUUGCAAACAAGGAACAUGCCUUUACAUUUCAUGGGGUUUUCAGCCUAGAUAAUGAUCAGGAGAACAUUUAUGCUGAGAUAGUCCGACCUUUGCUGGACAGAAUAAUUUCUGGGUACAAUGUGUCACUACUUGUGUCUGGUACCUCAAGUUCAGAAAAGGAGUCUUUAUUAUUUGGGAAUGAUAAACAACAUGGAAUCAUCAAACAGUUGACUGCAGACUUUUUUGGGACACUGAAGGAAACAAGACAUCCAGAUGACUUCCUGGUUUCAGUUGCAUUCAUUCAGUUUUAUGCAGAAGGCAUGGCCACAGACUUGCUGAAUCAGAGUGAACAUGAGCUGCGUAUCUUUCAACAUUCAACAUUGGGAAUUGUUGUCGAGGGAUGCACUGAGGUGGUUGCCUUUGAUCCCAAAGAUGUGCACAGCCUGUAUAUACAGGGUCGACGAAACCAAAAGACAACUGGCCAGCUACAACUGAGCUCACUGUUUACUUUGACUGUGGAACAAAAAGAAGGAUUAAGAUUCCGGCGUUCAACUGUACAGAUCUUUGAUUUAACUACAGAAGAAUUCAAAACACACGUGAAAGGAAUUUCUCUAUCAAAAGAAGCUAGUCAGAUGGCAUCAAAGGAAACUACAAAUGCUCUUUCACUGCUGCUGCAGGAAGCAAUGGAAGGGAAUGGAUUUACAGUCCUGCUUCUCUGCUUAGACCUACAAGGUAUGGAGCCUGAUGAGAUCCUCAAUAUGCUCUCACUAGCUGCUCAGGUAAUGGAUAACACAAAGCGUGUUUCUCCAUUCUUCUGGUAUCCAACACAGGUAAUUCAAAAUCUGAGGAAAGAGAUCCAGGAAGUACGCCAGACAAUACUCUCCAGUAGCAGUUUGCCUGAGGAUGAAGUAAAAAACAUGGCCAAUACAAUACAGGAGCUAAAGAUUGUCAAGAACCAGAUUUGGGAAAAAAAGAAAGAAAUGUAUGCCUGGAACAGAAAAGGAAAAAAUCCAUAUAAUGGUUUUAGUACCACCUCAUCACAGGCUGAUAUAGAGAAGGAAUACCAUGCAGCACUGUCCCGGAGAAAACAGUUAGAAGCAGAUCAUCAUUACCGUAUCCAGGAACAAAUACUUCUGAUGCAGCUGGAACUUGAAAAGGUGUCAUCUGAUACGUCAUCACUGGAAUCCAGGGAAAUGAUGAAGAUGAAGAAAGAUUACCACAUUCUAUUGCUGCAGAAGGAAGCCCUGCAAAGAGAAAGGGAUGAAGCGGAAGGAGACCUGGAGUCACUGUACAUGCAAUACAGACAAGAACUGGAGAAACAAAAGGCACACAGUUUGCAGGUCACUAAUAGUGUCACUUGAGUAGCCUUAAUUUAUUUUUGGGAAUUACUAGAACAAUGAAAGAGAGAACGUAAAAAUAUUUUACUAAUAGAAGUAUUUUCCCCUAGAUAAGACUAAUCAUUUAAAUGAUAAACAGCAGGAAAGGGGGACCUAAUUUUUGAGGACCAAACCCCCCUCUCCUAUAAUGCAUGCACAUUAGUAGUUUGAAAUUCUAUAGCUCUUUUCUAGAAACACAGACAUUGACAGAAUUGUGCAGUGUUAUACAUUAUAAGCAGGUUUUAAUUUUAAUGAUAAAAUAGUGAGAUGUAUGUCAGCAACCAGAGUAUGGACAUUUGAUGCAGGUCACAUCUAGUGGUGCACUGUAAUCUGAUGCAGCAUUCAUGUAACACUCUCUAACACUUUACACCAGUUUUCAGUGUUCUCAUAUACAGAUAUAAUGCUUCUCACUGCCUGGAAAAUGUACAGAUUGAUUUACAGAGCUACAUUACUCCUGGUGUAACAGUAUGCAUGUCUAUCAAAUGUUAGUUUUAUUAGCACAGCUUAAAGAUCAAGUUAAAAGUGCUGCAUUAGAAUCACACUGAGAGAUUCUAUUUCAUCUUUUCUGUACUGUGUUAUAGGUGCAGGUGUGUAGUGCAGUGUGCAACAGCUUUGGGCCAGAUUACAAAAGACUUGCUCUCAGUGUAGUGACUUACUUCAUUAUAAGGCCUAACUACAAACAUGCUUACUACAUGAGCCAGAUUCCAAAAGACCUGCUCUCAGCCUGCUUUCAGUGUUAGCAGUCAUUUACACUAAGAACAUAUCUUUUGGAAUUGGGUCCACAAACAUGCUAGUUUCAUUAAAAAUAAAUUUUAAAAACUUA